GCAAAUGGCAGUAGAUGUCAUGUAUUGAAGAAUUACGUUAUUUAUUUUGUUCUAAAUAAAGAGAACACUUUGUAUAGUCUGUUGGUGUUAUAAAUUAAAAGACAAAUAAACUAUUUGCGCUAUGACUACGAAAGAGAAGUUGCCGAAGCUGGUGGACGUCUAUCGCCCCACGAACACACUUAGCAGGAGGCAAAUACCCCUUGUUGUGGAUGAAAAUUUAACGCUGGUUAUGGACGUUAAGGGAUCGGGAAUCAUUAGUGAUAACCAAGCAUUAAGGGGUAAAGAACUGGAAGAGUUUGCUUGCAAAUGGUUUAUCCUCUCAAAACAGGAAUUACAAAAUUCAUUACAGAUAAACAAGAAUGAGUUAAUGGAUGUUCUUAAUCAAAAUGUACCUUGUGUUGGAUGUCGUAGAAGUGUUGAGAGAUUGUAUAUUGAGUUGUUAAAGUAUGGCCAUCCAACAUUGGAUCCAUUAUUGGUGAAGUCAGAUGGUACAAUAACAAUUAAGGAAGAUAAGCAGGAUUAUCCAAUAUUGGGAGCAAUUUUCCAUGAUCAUUCAGCCCGCUUGGCAAAACUGAUUGAAAAUCAGCCAAAACGAAACAAAAAGAGCGUGAGAUGCCUGUUGCAUUCGUUAGAUUCGCAACGUAGUAGACCGCUUACUCCAGUAUGGAGAGACGUAUGGGACUGCAUGAAGAUAGACUGCAAAAAAGACGUGUGCAUUAUUGAAGCAUCCACCCUUCAUUCUACCUUGGAAACCUAUUUGCGGAAGCAUAGAUUUUGCGCCGAAUGCAGAACUAAAGUCUUGAAAGCUUAUACCUUGCUUGUGGAGGAACCGGAUCCAUCUAAGGAGAAAGGCUAUGUCUCGUCUCUAUAUGCAGAGAUUAAAAGGUGCUUGCCAGAUAAACACAUUCAUUUGCAACCGAAGACUGACUACAUUACUAAACUGAUUAGUCGUGCUGAGCCAGAGUUGUUGGGAAGUCGUAGAGAACGGCACGCGAAAACGUUGGAAAUAGCUCAAGAGGAAGUGCUCACCUGCCUCGGCAUCUGCAUGUACGAGCGCCUGCACCGCGUCUACAUGCGCAUGCGCGAGGAGGAGUGCACCUGCCAGGUGUUCGCCGCCGUCGCGGUGCACACGCUCAGCCGCAGCUUCGAGACGGCCGUGGAGCGCACGCGCGGCAUAUCGCAGCUGGAACUGCUGUACGAGGAGUUCGCGCGCGAGGAGCAGCAGAAGCAGAUCAGGAAGGAGCAGAAGAAGAUCAAGCGCAAGCGCAAAAAGGGCAACAAGCCCGACGGCGAGGAGAAGGAGAACUGCCACGACUGCGAUCCGGACGACUACGAGAAGGAGUGCAUGUGCGUCGAGCCAGGCAAAGAGGACGCUCUCGGCUGUUACGGCUGCGAACAGCUGUCGCCGAACAAGAACCCCCUCGCCCACAUGUGUAACAGCGACCUGGACAGCAACUACAACGAUUACACAAAAAGCGCCGGCAAGCAGGACAAACUGCGCUGCACGAACGAGUUGUGGAUAGACGAUUGCAAAUGCGAGAACGACAUAAAGGAGAACAAGAAGAACCUGUACGGUAAAUGCGACGGCUGCUCGGCGCACAAGGAGAGCGGCUCGACGAGCGACCACUCGCACGACUGCGGCUACUCGUCGGAGAACAACAACGGGUGCUGCGAGACCGGCUCGUUCAUGUCGAGCCUGUCCAGCUCGCCCGAAGGCUCGGAGCUCGCCUGCUCGGACGGCUGCUGCCAGCACGACACCGACUACAUCUCGCACUGCAGGAUAUCCUACGGCGGCAACGGGACGCAGCUCAGUCUGCAAGAAAUGUUGGAAGGCCAUAGCGAUGAAGACGACAGUGAUUGUUACAUAACGCCCGAGGAGGUGAGGGAGUUCAAAAGCAACAGUAGACAGGUUUAUGAACAACGUCAGGAGUUGAGGGAAACUUUGCAGAAAAGGUUCGCGCAAUUCUGCGUGAAUGGGCCGCUGCAGGUGCCUCGACUGCCCAUUCAGGCAAAGUUUGCCUCAAAUUGAAUGCACCCGCCCUUUUUGAACCACUCAUUUUUAUGUUUUUAUAAGUUUUAAAUUUGUAAGAUAACUUUUGAAAAUAUCCAAAAAUAAUUUAGUUUGAAAUAAACUUUUGAUUUCAUUUAAAUUCAU